AUGUCGCACAGAUCAUCGGACGCCUACUCCCGGCGUCCUACCAUUGAGGGUCGGCGCGGUUCUGAGUCUCGGGACCGCCGCCUAGAUCCUUACAAAGAUGAGAGGUACCGGCGGGAACCAGGCGCCACUGUGAGAGAGCGGCGCAAUCCACUCGAGUCUCCUCGCGGAACAUCUUCAAUGAAUUCGACCACCAAACCCCGAGUCGCCGUGAAUUCUUCCCGAUCGGAACAGGGGAUGAGAACAACGUCAACGUCUCGGUCACCCGCAGAGAGCCCUGCUAUGGACGGCAGCACCUCAUGGGAGAACUUCGCUGGCUUGCUUAAACAACACGACGAGGCUGUUGUUAACGUGGCUAGGCUUAGGGCUGAACGGGAUCCGCUCGACAAGGUUUUCAAGCAAAGGCAAGUGGAGUAUGAAAAAUCAAUGAUCAAACAUGCGGAAUUCCCCUCUGUACCGGAGGUACAAAAUCUGCAUAGGGUCAAGUAUGCCGAGCGUGUGCGUUCCCUCGAUGCGCAAAUACAGAAAGCCCAAGAAGUGGUAGACGGCACGGCCCGGUCCAUCGCCCGGGCCAUCGCAAACCUCUCUGAGCCUGAGACCAAGGCCACGGCGACCACCCCAACCAUCCCUCAGAAUCAACUAGAAACAUUGAAGAAGCAGCAGGCAGAAAUAACUGAGCUCAAAGCGAAGCUUCACAAAUUUGAGACUGAGUACUCGCAAGUGCGGGACGAUUUCAAGGCCAAGUUUGACAAACAUCGUGCGGAGCUGCAGGAGCAAAUGAUGGAACAGAUGAAGGAACAGAUGAAAGAACAGUUGCGGGAGCACAUGAAAGAGAUGGCAAAGGAUAUGAAGGAAAUCAAAAGCAUGAAGAGGAUGAACGAGGAGUCGGUCGAGGGGGUGAAGGAAGAGGUCCGUGCAGUCCGUGCUGAGCUCGACAAGCAGCAGUCGAAGAGCCGUGAGGCUAUCUCAACUGUUGAGGUCUCUGCACUUGUACGGAAGGAAAGCUCAGCUCUACAAUCUGAUAUUGCUGGCCUUCUAAAACGGGUGGGCGAGCUUACCGAGCAGCUCGCUCAGAGUACUCAAGACACCGUCGCUCUCCGCGACGACUUGAUGGCCUGUACCCAACGAGUGGACAACGAAGCUCGGAAGAUCGGAGAGCAUGAGGAGAAGCUUUCGAGUCUUGACACGGAAGCGCUCGAUAGCGCGGCCGAGGCGGUAUCCAUCGGUUUUCCGGACCUGCAAGCGAAGGUGGCAAGCCUUCAAAGCAAGAUGGACCACACUGUUUCGCAGCAGGAAGUCGACGCCAGGCAGCAAGAGUUGUUUUCUCAAGUGAAACAAUAUGUGGUAGGGAUGGGCGAAGAUUUGGGUCAGUUGGUGGACGAGGCACAGAAGGCUACAACGGGACACGAGGCGCGCAUCAAAGCUCUCGAAGCAGCCGCCACCAGCACCUCUAGCCCCGCGCCUGGUACGGGGCAUAGUCGGGUGGCGAAAGCCGAGUUCGACACAAUUAAUUCGGACCUUGCCUCGAUCAAAUCCGAAUUUGACGCGACCAAGGUUACUAUCAGCCGACUCACUGAGGACGUCUCAAAAAUCGCUAGCGAAGAUCUUAUCAAGCAGGUCGAUAUGCUUCGGCAAUCGUUCCUGGUGUUGGACGCCCAAUUCAACAACUUAUCCACCAAGUCGCUGGCCGAGCACAUCAUCGGACGUCUCGAGCACUUCUACCCAAAUGCCCGUCAGCUCAAUGCCGACAUCGAGUUUUUGAAAACUUUGGUCGGUACCCUCGGCCCUCGCAUCGAUGAGCUCGAAGGGCGGAUAGAGGAUUUCAAAGACAAGGCUGGCAGCUUUUCUGAGGCCAAGCCAUUCGACGCGUCUGAAGUAGAGAACAUGCAGCAGUUGCUGCUGCAGGAUCUUGACGAGAGCGGUCGGCCGACUCUGAAGCGGAGGAGGAUAGAUUCAAGCCUCAAUGGUGUCGAACACCUGGUGCCAUUGACGAACGGGACUGGCUAG